AUGUCAACAAAUUGGAUUCGAGCAGCUUCAGUUAUUCUUUUAAAUAUUAAACAAAAUAAAAUGUUAAUAUUACAAAGAGGUUCUACAGCCAAAUUUAUGCCAAAUUCUUUUGUUUUCCCCGGUGGAGUUGUUGACCCUUUAGAUUUUAAAUUUCCAAUUGAAAAAACAAAUUUUGAUAAAUUAAUAAAUAAAGAAAAUUCAAAAAUUAAUUUGGGAUUAGAAAAUGAUUUUUAUUUGCGUAUUUGUGCAAUUAGAGAAAUGUUUGAGGAAAGUGGAAUUUUAGCAAUAACUGAUAAAGAAGGAAAUAAAUCAGAAUUAUUGUCUGCAGCAAAAGAUGAAAAUUUGUCUGAAUGGAGAAAAAAAAUAUUAUCUAAUCCAAAUUUAUUUCAUGAAAUCUUUUCUGUUAAUAUGAAAAUAGAUAUUGCUUCAUUAAUUCCCUGGGCAAAUUGGCUAACACCUUUUGGUGAAUAUUCCAAAAGAUAUGACACAGCAUUUUUUGUUUUAAUUACAGAAGAUUGUCCAGAAAGUAUUUUUUGUAUUAAUGAAAUGAUGAAUUCUUUCUGGAUAAAACCGUCAGAAAUAAAUGAAAGGAGUGUUAAAGGUGAAGUAAGCCUUCCUCCACCACAAUUUUAUGAACUUGAAAGACUUCAAUUAGUCCUUAAAAAUGAAAAAUUAAAUAAAUUUACAAAUACAACAAAAAUAACUCCUCACAUUUUUAAAAUUAAAGAAAAACAAAAUAUUCAUUUAUAUAUUUUGCCUGAAGAUUAUUUAUAUGAUAAUUUAAAUCCAAAUUUUAAACCAACAAAUAUUCUUCCAUCAAAUGAACUACUUCCACCAUAUUUAGAGGAUAAACAAAUUCAUCGAAUUAUUACUCAUUCAACUCCCCCAUAUUUAUUUUAUCAUGGACACAAACUUUUUAUUCAAAAUAUUAACAAAAAUUUUAAAUAUUGA